UUUACUUACCUGGUUUGCCAGCCCUGUUCUUGGUCCGGGUCAACAGCAUGCUGGCCUGACCGCAUUUUGGACUUGGCUCUUCAGCAGCCCCAGAAGCCCAGGAGACUGCCGGAGACCCAGUUUUCUGAGUGAGGAAUGGUACAGCUGCUCCCGGGGGCAGGGCAUGUUCCCGAUUUGAGGUGAAACCAUGAGGAGGAGACAGAACAAAUAAUAAUGCUUUUCCGCAAUCGCUUCUUGCUGCUGCUGGCGCUCGCUGCGCUGCUGGCCCUCCUGAGCCUCAGCCUGCAGUUCUUCCACCUCAUCCCGGUGUCCGUGGCUAAGAAUGGAGUGAGUAGCAAGAGUCGGAAGAGAAUCAUGCCCGACCCUGUGACGGAGCCCCCCGGGAUGGACCCGCUUUACGAAGCUCUCUUGUAUUGCAACAUCCCCAGUGUGGCCGAGCGCAGCAUGGAAGGUCAUGCUCCACAUCAUUUUAAGCUGGUCUCGGUGCAUGUGUUCAUCCGACAUGGGGACAGAUACCCACUGUAUGUCAUUCCCAAAACAAAGCGACCAGAAAUUGACUGCACUCUAGUGGCUAACAGGAAACCGUAUCACCCGAAGCUGGAAGCUUUCGUUAGUCACAUGUCAAAAGGAUCCGGAGCCUCUUUCGAAAGCCCCCUACAUUCCCUGCCUCUUUUCCCCAACCACCCGCUCUGUGAGAUGGGAGAGCUCACACAGACAGGAAUUGUGCAGCACCUGCAGAAUGGCCAGCUGCUGAGGGACAUCUACCUAAAGAAACACCAACUCCUGCCCAGUGACUGGUCCCCCGACCAGCUCUACUUAGAGACCACGGGGAAAAGCCGGACGCUGCAGAGCGGGCUGGCCCUGCUGUAUGGCUUUCUCCCCGACUUCGACUGGAGGAAGGUCUAUUUCAGGCACCAGCCCAGCGCUCUGUUCUGCUCCGGAAGCUGCUACUGCCCCAUGAGAAACCACUACCUGGAAAGGGAGCAGCGCCGGCAGUACCUCUUACGCCUGAAGAACGGCCAGCUGGAGAGGGCCUACGGGGAGAUGGCCAAGGUCGUGGACAUCCCCACCAAGCAGCUGCGGGCCGCCAACCCCAUCGACUCCCUGCUCUGCCACUUCUGCCACAACCUCAGCUUCCCCUGCACCGGAAACGGCUGCAUCGACAUGGAGCACUUCAAGGUGAUCAAGACCCAUCAGAUGGAGGACGAGAGGGAGAGGCGGGAGAAGAAACUGUAUCUGGGGUAUGCGCUCCUGGGCGCCCACCCCAUCCUGAACCAGACCGUCGGCCGCAUGCUGCGAGCCGCCGAGGGCAGGAGCGAAGAGGUCUUCGCCCUCCAUUCUGCUCACGACGUCACUCUGUCCCCCGUCCUCAGCGCCCUGGGCCUGACGGAAGCCAGGUUCCCCAGGUUCGCGGCCAGGCUGAUCUUCGAGCUCUGGCAGGACAGGGACGAGCCCAGGGAGCACGCCGUGCGGGUUCUCUACAACGGCGUCGACGUCACGUUCCACACCUCCUUCUGCCAGGACCACCGCCGGCGCUGGCCCAAGCCCAUGUGCCCCCUCGACAACUUGGUCCGCUUCGUCAGAAGGGACAUGCUGGUGGCCCUGGGGUCUGGUAGCACUAAUUAUUAUGAUGCCUGUCACCGGAAGGGAUUCUAAGAGGUGCAGAGUCCAGCACUCACAGAGUCUAUGUCGAAACAGAGGGGUGGGAAAGGUACACUUCUCGUUCCAGCCUUCGCUAAGGGUACAAGGUUACUGAUUUCCAUGGCUAGACACUGUGCUUGGGAGCCACACAGAUGGUUUUCGGUUGAACAAUGAGGACGUUGUUGAAUUCGGGUUCGGGAGUUACUUGAUACACAAUGGCCAAUUCACAGAAAGAGGAAGGUACUUUAUCAUAGCCAGACUUUGCUUAACUAUGCCAGACUAUUUUAAUACUCAGAGUUGCCAGCCCACAUGUGUAUUCUUCUGACCUGCCAGUGGUACUGUGCCAUGGGACCAGCAGACCUCAGCCCAAAUGUGCUUAAUCUGGGACCAUCUUACCAUGUCCUUGUUCGGUGAAAAAUUUCCCCAAGUAAUUUUGUAAAAUAGGGCUUGACAGACUUUUUCUGUACAAGGCCAGAGAGUCGAUAGUUUAGACUGUGCAGACCAAAAAGCCACACACAGUCUCUUGCCACAGCUCUUUCGUUCUGCUCUUGUCACGGGAAAGCAACCACAGACGGUACAUCCAGCGUGCACAGGUCGCACAAAACAGGCCGUGGGUCAGGCGUGGCCCUGGGGCGAUGGCUCGCUGGCCCCUGAUCCAAAACACGGGCUCUACUACAAUUGCACUCUCAGCACUUUGAGAACCGGGUGGAUACCAAGAAUUACUCAGCGGUGCCUCCGGUCACUUCUGCUAGCGACACAGAAUGUGGUCUGUACCUGUUAUAACAAAACAAAGGGAAAUACACACUGAACCAGAGGGAGUCACAGAGAAGUUGUCAGAAUAAUACUUGAUGUUCAUGAUGAUUGUGGUAUGAUAGUUGCAAGGAUGUUUUGAACAUUUGUCUGCUGUCGUCUGUUUGCUGUAUAUGCUGAAAUUUUUGUAUUCCAUUUGGUAUUUUUAUAGUCUAGGAGAAUAUUUUCUGAGACCCGUUUUAGAUGUGCUCUGAUUCCCUUGUAAUAUUCCAUUUGCUGCCCCCGGUUGGUGUUCAGAAGGGAGCCAGAAGCUGACGACAGGCACUUUCUUCCAAUAAAACGAAUUAUGGCUUAUUCCCUUGGACAAGCUGUAGGAUUGGACCAACUUUUAAACCCUUUUUGUGAGUUUCGAAAGGUAAAUUCUGACUGAUUUUUAAGUACGUUUUUUGGAAGAACUUUGGUACUAGAUAGUUAAAUAAUCUUUAUAAGGUAUUUUGUAUAUUAGAAGCAGUGAUUAAAUCUGUGGUUUCUGAACUAAUGGUGCUAGUUCUGUGCGAAGAGAUGUCACGUGCAAGUGAGGUUCUCCAGUGUCAUUGAUAUCCCCAUCAUUUCUCUGUUUUUACCCAGUGUUGCAUUUAAAUACAUGUUUCUAUGAAUAAAUUUUGAUGAAUACUUGUACGUACCACUAACGGUUUGUACCUCUAA